AUGGCCAGUGGAAAGUGCGUGUGGAUGCUGCUCCUGUCGGUGCUGCUGGCGGCUGCCUUGAAGACGACCGUGGCCCAGGAUUACUGCGAUCCGGACCUCUGUGAUCCUGGCGACGAUCACAUCGGUUGCAACAAUCCCGGAGGAUUCGUACCAGGCUGCCAGAAGGCCAAAAAGAUCGAAAUGUCCGACGAGUACAAGAAGAUCAUCCUGGAUGAGCACAACAAGUACAGGAGUACCGUCGCGACUGGAGGCGUUAAAUGGCUGCCAAAGGCCAAGCAGAUGGUCACGAUGAGCUGGGACGAUGAGCUGGCUCAGUUGGCUCAGCUGAACGCCAACCGGUGCACGCAGAAGCACGACCAGUGCCACAACACGGCCAACUUCCGCUACUCGGGCCAGAACCUGAACCACAUCAAGACAUUCGGUGCCGGCGACGACAUCGGUAACAUCCCGCAGGUGAUCAAGGACCUGAUCUCGUCCUGGUGGGACGAACGAAAGGAUGUACCGUCCCGUAUGAUCGACAGCAUGUACGACCCGGGCAGACACACGAUGGUCUUCCACUUUGUCGUGAUGGCGGCUGAAAAGGCGAACAAGAUUGGCUGCGCACUGUCGCAGUGGUCCGAUGAGGGCAACCCCUUCCUGUACCUGGUGUGCAACUAUUCGUUCACCGACAUUCAGGGCCUUCCGGUGUACAAGCGGGGCGCGCCGUGCUCGGGAUGUACGACAGGAUGCAAUCCCGACUACGCCGGUCUCUGCAACGCCGACGAACCGGUUACGUAUCCGUUCUAGUAAACUGGAACCGUUCUCCACGCUCUUCCCGAAGGACUCCAUCUCUCCAAAGCACCGUUUACUUACGCUUAUGUUUGGUUUCUCUUUUUUGUACUGCGGUGGCCUGCGCAAGGCAGGACUAGCAGUUCGAGAGGGAAUCAUUUGUUUCACAGGAACAAAAUGAAAUAAAGCCAC